UCUGCACGCCACGAACACUUGUCUUUUCUCUCCGUCUUCCACGACGAGCACGACCACUUUUCUGCCAUUUCCAAUAUCUGAGUCUCAGACAGAACAGCAGCGAAAAAUACCAUGAGCGUCGCCUUCAUCAAUAAUUUAUCGCAAAAUCAGUCGUCUUCCGAUCCAUCAUCUGCACAUACUCACUCGCAUGAGCAUGGAGGACCGGCUCACUCACACGACCAUGGCUUAGGAGAGCACGGGCAUACGCACGAGCAUCUCGACAAUCCUGGAAAGUACGCCGAGAGAGACCUGCCGGACUAUUCGAAUCGCAAUUUCGAGGAGCGGGGUUUCACAAUCGGUAUUGGAGGUCCUGUCGGGUCAGGAAAGACUGCCUUGACACUCGCUCUCUGUCAAGCCCUUCGCUCAGAAUAUAACAUUGCUGCGGUGACGAAUGACAUCUUCACUAGAGAGGAUCAAGAAUUCCUCAUCACGAACAAGGCGUUGCCAGCGGAGCGGAUCCUCGCGAUUGAAACCGGAGGAUGUCCGCAUGCGGCUAUUCGAGAGGACAUUAGUGCGAACCUAGGCGCCCUCGAAACACUCACUGCUCGCUACAACUGCCAAAUGCUCAUCGUGGAAAGCGGAGGGGACAACCUCGCAGCCAACUACUCUCGCGAACUCGCUGAUUACAUUAUCUACGUUAUCGACGUCUCCGGCGGCGAUAAAAUUCCUCGCAAAGGCGGACCCGGAAUCACUCACUCCGACCUGCUCGUGGUCAACAAGACCGACCUUGCUCCGCACGUGGGUGCCUCCCUCGAAGUGAUGGACCGCGACGCGCGCAAAAUGCGCGGCGAGGGCCCGACAGUCUUCACCAGCGUGCGCGAGGGGAAGAACGUAGCUGAUGUGGUGGGUCUAGUGGUGGCGGCGUGGAGGGCGGCUGGGGCACCUGGGAAGGCUGGGAAGACUGUGUAAGAGGUGUCGAGGGAGCAACAAAUGAAAUACAGGAGGACGGUGUAUGAAUAUCCCCGGAAGUUUGUGCGAGUUCGUUGGUAUUGGUGCUAUGCUACUUGAUUACAUGUCAGGAAGCCUGGCAUCUGUAUCAUAUGCUCACGCCCCUGUCAUCUCCCAAGAGGUGUGUUCAGCCUUAAUCAAGUGAUCCUGCCAGAGAAGCUGCAGGUAUUAUCG